CUGCAAAAUGGUUGUAAAAGGUAGAAGAGAAAAUAAUGGUCAGGUCUCCCAUUUAGGUUGAGUGAAGGCAGAAAAAUGAAUGGAGUGAAAGAAGCAGAAGCAGAAGAAUACCAUUCAAAGGACUUCGAAUGGGCAACUCUGAAACAAGAAAUAGAAGACGAUCCUUCUCUUCGCUACCAUCUUCUCCCUUUCCAUUUCCCACAACAAGAAACAACAACAGCAACAACAGCAACAAGGCAACCGGAAUCGAUAAGAGCAUGGCAACGCUUCCACAUCCAACAUUCCUCCGGCAAGUUCUUCAAGGAGAGAAGGUAUCUGUUGAAGGAAUUCCCAGAACUGGUUUCUUGUGGAGAAUUUUGUAGGGUUUUGGAAGUUGGGUGUGGAAAUGGCAGCACUGCGCUUCCUAUAUUGCGGGGCAAUAAGACAAUUAUACUAUAUGCUUGCGACUGUAGCAAUGAGACUUUAGAAAGGGCCAAAGAAUUUGUAGCUGCGAGUAACAUAGUCUCACUGGAACAUCGUUUCCAUCCUUUCUAUUGUGAUUUUGCUACAUUUGGGUUUCCAAAAUGGCUGUCAUGCGGCUCUUGCAGAGAAAAAUUUGCACAGAACAGGCAGACUUCUUUUUCAGAUGUGAAAGAACAUGGUGGAACCCAUGUAAAUGAUUUAUGUUCUAUGGAAGAAAGCACAUGUUGCCUUGGGGGGGUGGACUUUGUUACCUUGAUAUUUACACUAUCUGCAGUACCACUUGAAAGGAUGCCUGGAGCCAUUAAAGAGUGCUUUUCUGUAUUGAAGCCUGGUGGAAUGCUCUUAUUUAGAGAUUAUGGCCUCUAUGACAUGACUAUGCUCCGGUUUGAGCCAGAUCAAAGAGUAGGGUUCAGGGAGUACAUGCGUUCAGAUGGCACCUAUUCUUAUUUCUUCUGUCUGGAUACUGUCAGGAGUCUUUUUGUUGGUGCUGGCUUCAUCGAGGUUGAAGUUGAAUAUUGUUGUGUCAAGUCAGUGAAUCGCCGAAAUGGGAAGAGCAUGCGAAGGGUGUGGGUACAUGGAAAGUUCCAGAAACCUAUAUGAAUUCAGGAGUCUAUGCACCCAUUUUUGAGGUACUGUAAGAGACGCAUAAAACCUAUUCUCUUCACACAUAGCUUCUGGUGACAAUUUUCUCUUUUCAUUAGAAUAUUAACAUUUGUUCAAGGUCCUUUUCUUUCUUGAGAGAGGUUGAAGGAAGCUGAUUAUUGAAGAGAAUUAUUUUCCCCUUAUAUUUUUAAGAUGGAGAUGCAAUAAAAAAAAAAUGCCCUUUAAUUUGGACUUUCCUUUAUUGCUAGAACUCUCUUAAAAUUGAAAAUUCUAUGUAAGAUCAAGCACAUUGUUCAUCAUAUCCUUGGAAUGGUAAUAUUUGAUCACAUUGCAUGGAAAAAGAUCAGAUAAACGAGCCUUAAGGGU